AUGCCGCUUUCUGACUACGUCUCGCGUUUCGAUGCCCGACCUAACGAAUUACUCCGUUACAAGCUCAAGGUGCUACCAGACGAAGUUGGCAGCAGCUUGGUGUUCGCGCAUGGUAUUUGGGUCGUUUCAGAUGAGAAUAAGUUGGCCGGUUUCGGGCAGGACCUCGACUUCAUACCGAGCGAGCUUUUGGAUACGCCAGAGAACGAGUCGAUUCGCGGCCUUUUGCUGCCGGAUGACAGAUCAAGCUAUCUGGUUCACGUGACGUUGGUAUGUUCGAAGGUCUGUGUGUACGUUGUGGGAGUGAGCGGUGCGCAGAAUCAAGCAGUGUUAGUUCGAACGCCGCUGGAAUCGAUCAAAGCAGUUGAAGAAAGUCUCACGAAACCAACCGUUCUUGAUCUGGGCAUCAAAGCGACAGCAAGCGCUGAGUGGUUGCGGCUUCCGACUUCUAUCACGACAACGACGGCAUUUGAGCCACCAACUGCGGCUUUGGAUGGAUGA